ACUCAUGGACAUCUAGGCGAAUGAAUCGGCGAUUGACUCAGUGAUAGAAUCGGUCAACUGAGUUGAUCUUGUCCUCAAAUCCAUCGCAAAUCUCUUUCAGUUUCUUUGUUUUAUGUAUUAUAUCUCUUUACUGAACAGUCUUUAUCAUGUUUGAUUGAGUUUUCUGAUCGAUAAAUUUUGAUUUAGUCGAAGUUUGUCUUGACCUAAUUUAUUUGAUGUUGUAAUUUCCUCCAUGUCUAGAAGGUAUUGCUAGGUGGCUUGAUCUGACUCUCUGCUAGAGGUUCCAGUUCAAAGGUUGUCCCAAUUUCAAAGAUUGUCCCAAUUUUAAAGGUUAUCCCAAUUUCAAAGGUUGUAUAUGGAGAUAAGGAUUCAAAGUGAGCAGUUCAAUAAUACGGAGAUAAGGAUGACAUGUGAAACACAGUCCGACAAUUUUCUCAGUGAGCAUCCAAUGGGAGUAGAAAAGGUUGAACAAGAAGCUACUAUGGCCUGGGGACAUGGACAUUUUCAAGUGAGGAGACAUGCUACUAAUAUGUAUAUCUUUCGAUUUUAUGAUUGGGAUAGCUAUAACUCAGUAUUGGAAGAGGGUCCUUGGAGCUUUAAUGGUUAUUUGGUUAUCUUCCGUGAAUGGCAUCCUUCAAUUCUCCCAGAAGAUAUUGAUUUUCUCACUCAACAGUUCUGGAUUGAUAUCAAAAAGCUUCCACCUGAAUAUUUGAAUGUUGAAGUUGAGAAUCAAAUUUCCAGUAUACUUGGCAAUCCGCUCAAGCUAAUUCCAGAAGAUGGAAAUCCUAUGGACACCAAUGUUGUAAGUGUUCUUAUUGAAUUUAAUAUUUCAAAUCCGAUGUUACGUGGAAUAAUGACUGAAAAUGCAGCAAAGGUUACCCAAUGGAUUCCCAUCUAUUUCAGCGACAACCAAGAAAACUUUGUCCUGCAUGCCUAAUUCUAGCUCAUAAUGAAUCUGAAUGUGGUGAUAAAGCUGAACAUGUGCAAACCAUUGCGAGUUUUAUCUUCAAAUUUGGAGAAGAUUUUGGUGAGGUUAUUGAUCCCAGGCAAUAUAAUCCUUAAUACCAACAAGGGGAAAAAAUUCUAAUUUCUCCCAAGAAGUCUAGAGGAAAAAAAAUGGAUAAGAAACAUUUCCAAAUACCUCAGGAUGGUUUUCAUGUCUCCAUCAUUUAUACUCAGUCAGUUGGAACGCCGGAAACCUCUACUGCUAGAAGGCCGAAAAGAGUUAGAGAAAUUUCAGCUGAGUGCAGUCAAGCUAGUGUUCAUUUUCCGGAGGACAGAAAUGAGAGUCAAAUGCUCAGGGAGUAUCAAGAUGAAACUGUACCAGGAAUUUACAAUAGCACUGAGCUUCACAUGCGUCCUUCUUUUUAUCGAGCUAUUACCAUGCAAGGAGACUGGGACAACCUACUUGCGCAUCCUGGAACUCACUUGGCAGGGCAGGAAGAUCAUGUUUGUUUUCUUAAAAGUUAUUUCGACUUUGUUUUCUUGUCUUUAUAUUUGUUGUUUGUAUAUGUUCAUUUUCACUCGUCUUCCCUCAAGACUAGGUGGUUUCAUAAAACGUUUAUCUUUUUUCUUUGUGUUAUCAAUAUGCGCAUUCUUGCAUGGAAUGUUCAAGGUCUAGGUAGUAAACAUACUAGACAACAUUUAAGGGAAUGCAUCCAUCAAUUUA